GUCGGUCAUUUACCUGAAGAGGCGGCGGCGGCGGCGGCGGCAUCAGAUGAGCUGCUCAAAGCGUAGCUUCAUACAGGAAAGAUCUCGCUCUUCAGAACAAGUCAAGAGGCUGCUGCUGCUGCUGUUGUUUGUGUUGCUAAACCCACCGGCACUGUUACUUGCCUGUGCUCCAUUUAUGAGCUGCUCACAAUAGAAUCUUUUGAAUAUUGAAGGUCUUGUCCCAAAACAAAACAAAUUAUAAGAAAAUAGAAAUGGCAAAUCGAGUAAAAGCAAAGCCUGUGUCUGACAAGCCUGGAAGUCCAUACCGGACUGUUAGCCAUUUUGAGACGCUGGCCACCAUACACAUUCCAGGUGCCGACACGCUUGACAAACUAUUUGAACAUGGGGUGGCAACAUUUGGAAAGAAAGACUGUCUGGGCACACGAGAAAUUCUAAGUGAAGAAAAUGAGAAGCAACCCAAUGGGAAAGUGUUUAAGAAGCUGAUUUUGGGAGAAUACAAAUGGCUCAGUUAUGAAGAAGUAAGCUUGAGAGUGCACCAUCUUGGGAGUGGCCUGUCUGCCCUAGGAUUGAAACCAAAGAGCACAAUAGCAAUAUUUUGUGAGACCAGAGCAGAGUGGAUGAUCACUGCACAGGCAUGCUUUAAAUACAAUUUUCCCUUGGUGACUUUGUAUGCAACACUUGGAGAAGAAGCAGUAGCGUAUGGUUUAAAUGAAUCUGGAGCAAGCUAUCUCUUAACCAGUGCUGAACUUCUUGAGACCAAGCUGAAGAAUGUUCUUUCCCAAGUUACAGGCCUUAAGCAUAUCAUUUAUGUUGGCAAGAGAAACAUAAACAAAGCAGAUUAUCCUGCCAGCCUAGAGAUCCAUAACAUAGAGGCAGUGGAAGAAUUGGGAGCCAAACCAGAAAACUUGAGUAAACCACCAUGUAGACCGCUACCUUCAGACUUAGCUGUUGUGAUGUAUACCAGCGGUUCAACCGGCAGACCCAAAGGCGUAAUGAUGAUUCACAGCAACCUCAUAGCUGGCAUGGCUGGACAGUGUGAACGAAUACCAGGACUCGGCCCACAGGAUACCUAUAUUGGCUACUUGCCUUUAGCACAUGUUCUGGAGAUGACUGCAGAGAUAUCCUGUGUUACCUAUGGUUGUAGAAUUGGGUAUUCAUCUCCUUUAACACUGUCAGAUCAGUCUAGCAAAAUUAAGAAGGGAAGUAAAGGUGACUGUACUGUCCUGAGGCCAACACUGAUGGCUGCAGUGCCUGAAAUUAUGGAUCGGAUUUAUAAAAAUGUCAUGAGUAAAGUACAGGAAAUGAAUGUAAUACAACGCACUUUGUUUAAACUCGGGUAUGAUUACAAACUGGAGCAGAUAAAGAAAGGAUAUGAUGCUCCACUCUGUAACAUGUUGCUCUUUAAAAAAGUCAAAGCUUUACUCGGUGGGAACGUACGGAUGAUGCUGUGUGGGGGAGCCCCACUAUCCCCACAAACACAGCGUUUUAUGAAUAUUUGUUUCUGCUGCCCUGUUGGCCAGGGUUAUGGAUUAACAGAAACAUGUGGGGCUGGCACUAUUACAGAAGUUUGUGACUAUAGCACUGGCAGAGUGGGGGCUCCGCUGACCUGCUGUGAAAUUAAACUACGGGACUGGCAAGAAGGUGGUUAUACAAAUCUGGAUAAGCCACAUCCAAGGGGAGAGAUAAUUAUUGGAGGGCAAAAUGUUUCAGUGGGGUAUUUUAAAAAUGAAGACAAGACCAUGGAAGAUUUCUAUGUUGAUGAAAACGGACAACGGUGGUUUUGUACGGGCGACAUUGGAGAAUUUCACCCAGAUGGCUGCUUACAAAUAAUUGAUCGCAAAAAGGAUCUUGUGAAAUUACAAGCUGGGGAGUACGUGUCUCUGGGAAAAGUGGAAGCAGCGUUGAAGAACUCUCCACUUGUUGACAACAUUUGUGCUUAUGCCAACAGUUUUCAUUCCUACGUGAUCAGCUUUGUGGUUCCUAAUCAAAAGAAGCUGACGAGUUUAGCCGAACAGAAAGGCAUCGAUGGAACUUGGGAGGAAAUCUGUAACAAUCCUGUAAUGGAGACUGAAGUAUUAAAGGAGAUUAAGGAGGUUGCCAACUCAUUGAAGUUAGAGCGGUUUGAAAUUCCUAUCAAAGUACGACUGAGUCCGGAUCCCUGGACCCCCGAAACAGGCCUGGUAACAGAUGCAUUCAAACUGAAGAGGAAAGAGUUGAAGAACCACUAUAUAACUGAUAUCGAACGCAUGUAUGGAGGGAAAUAGGACCAAAGACUUUUGUCUUUUUGUGGUUGUGUGUAUUUUUUUAUUUUUUAGUGCAGAGGAAACUUUCAAUUGACUUCAUACAAUCUCAGUGUGGAGUGGUGACCAUGCCUGUGUCAAUGCAUGUUUGUGAAGAUCUACAGACUUGACAGUCUAGUUUAAGGGUUGUUUUUGCCCAUUAUUAUAUAUUUUAUGGAUCUCUAGCAGAAAUCAGGGGUUUUUGGAGUAUAAGCAAUGUCAUGACUUUGGAAUUUGCUUUCAGUUAGUUGGUUUAUUGGGUGGAUUAGCCUUCUAAUCCUUCAAGGAACAAAGUUUUAACUCCUUAAUAUUCGCUGAAAAAUACAUGAGACUAUAAAAAUCUCCAUUACCUCUGUGUGCAAGAUUGUGGCAACCCUUGAACUGAUGCAGUGGUUUGGUGUCCUUGACAACUAUACUUAAUGGUCUGUAGCCUUACUAAUACUAUAUGUGCACACACCCCACCCCUGGCCAGUAGAACCGAAAUGGUAAAAUCCAGUUCCUCCACUGCAUGAAAGUAUUAACAGAAAGAACAAGUCUGUAUUUUCCAGAAGCUUGGAAAACUCCUUGGCCCUGAUGAAAAACUACUACUAGCUGCAUAUAUUGAUAACAUGGAUCAUACAUGAACCAUUUGCUGCUUUUUGAAAGUGUUCCCAUAGAAAUGUUAACUAAAAUUCAGGGAUAUAUUAAAAAAAAGAUAAAUGUUUAUCUAACUAGAAUAGUCCGGUUUAAGCAUGAUUUAAUUAACCCUCUCUGUUACCCUAUAAAUUUAUUUUGCCCUAAGUAGCAUUUAGGUUCUUAAAUGUAUACAGUCAUGGGAAAAAAUGUUUCAGAAUUCAUCAGUUAAUAGUGUUGCUCCAGCAGAAUUCUGCACUGAAAUCUGUUUCUCAAAAGAGCAAAUAAUUUUUCUUAUAUUUAAUUUUGAAAUCUGACAUGGGGCUAGACAUAUUGUCAAUUUCCCAGCUGCCCCCAGUCAUGUGACUUGUGCUCUGAUAAACUUCAGUCACUCUGCUGUACUGCAAGUUCGAGUGAUAUCACCCUCCAUUCCCCCCCCCCAGCAGCCUAACAACAGAACAAUGGGAAGGUAAUCAGAUAGCAGCUCCCUAAUACAAAAUAACAACUGCCUGGUAGAUCGAAGAACAGCACUCAAUAGUAAAAUCCAGGUCCCACUGUGACACAUUCAGUUACAUUGAAUAGGAGAAUCAACAACCUGCCAGAAAGCAGUUCCAUCCUAAAGUGCUGGCUCUUUCUGAAUGCACAUGACCAGGCAAAAUGACCUGAGUUGGCUACAUACACACCAAUAUUACAACUUUACACUUGCUGGUUCAGAAAUAAAAUUUUAUAUGGUAGAGUGAAUUAUUUGCAGAGUAAACAAUGCAAUUUAGAAAUAAAAACUACAUCAUAAAAAUAAUGACAGAAUAUAUUUAAGUACUGAGCCAUGUCUUCCUAGCAAGGCUGGAAGUUAUAAAUGACACCUUUGUAUUCUAGAACUUUUUCCUCAAUCCACUGUGUAUCGACAAUCCCUUUUUGUCUCUUACAUCGCUGGAAGUCUUCCACCACUUUCUUGUUUGAAAUUCCCCCCCCCCCCAGUACAGGACGGCAAUACACAUCUGAGCUGUAUGCUGUAGGCCUUUCACACAAUAAUAUGCCUAUUAUAUUUAGUAGUACUUAUGUUGCUCCUCUUUAAAGUAAGGUGAAAUACUGUGCUAGUCACAUCAAGGGGAUGAUGGCCUCCUCGUUUGUCCUGUGUGCUUUAUACUGUAUGUCCAGCAAAUAGAUUAUAGACUAUUAAAUGUCAGUAGGGUAGUUUCAGUAUUUGGUGAGCUCUAACUCCUAACCACCCUUGAUGGUAGAUAUGUGCAUAAGAAGUGAGAGCCCUAUAGCACACGAGCUUUCUCAAAGUAAUGUAUCGGAGAAGAGAAAAUCAGUCAAUAUAUAUACAGUAUAUAUUCGGAUUGUAACGGGUGUACUUGGAUAGCUAAGUAGGUUUAAAGAAAUAAUAUUUAAAACUAGUUAAUAGUGUGUCACUUGCCCUUGACUUUGUAGCUAUUUAUUUUCUAGAUCUGCCCUGUUUCAGAAAAAAUAGCAAUAUAACAUAAUAUAUACUGAAUCCAAAUUGGAGUUCUUUUGGGCAGAGGAGUGGGGGAGAUCCCAAAGACUGAAGGUUUGUAAUAAAUUGUAGCUGUUUGUAUAAAGUUAUUUAUUUGCUCCCCACGGAAGGGAAAAUGUGUAAUUAAGAUACAAACAUGAGUAAAUCUCUAAAGUCGAGACUGUGCUACCUUUUUGGGUCAUGGGUGACAAACUAUCCAUCUGUACAAAGAGAGUUCUCUUAAAGCUCCAGUCGGAUGAGUGAGCAGGCAUGAACACCCAUGGCCUUAGAUUGCCCAUCACUCUAUUAGUGGGUUGAAUAUAAAGCAGAAAUACUGUAAAAAAAAAAAAAAA